AAAACACAAAUACUUAGUCUUUAUUUAGUAGCUGAUCAUUUUUCUAACACCAAAUUCGGAAAUAAAAACCCCCGAAUACAUUCGAAAUUAUUGUGUUCUUACCGCGGUUUACCGCACCAGCUCAAUAGCGCUGUACCCCAGAAACACACCAAGAAAUCGGCAUUGAAGCUAAACGGUUAUAAGCCAAUUUGAAUUAUAAGAACUAUUGGUACCAUUCGUCUAGACCGUGGGCUGUAAAUGGCUGGCGCAUGUGCUUGCUAAAAUUCCAACUAAUAAAAUGGAGAAGAAAGAAGUUCAACAUCAUCGCAGUCAACAGGCGAUGACAAAAUCUCUAUACGCCAUUGGGAUAGGUCUUCUGGGAAAGUCGGCGACCAACAUGGGUUGUGUUAAUACGAAUUUAGAAUCGGCAGGGAAGAGCUCCCCAACGAAUUAUAACCGAAAUCGGUUCUACAACGAAAGGUUCGUUCCGAUGGCCUCCGGAACUGUGCCUCCCGUUUCGGGCACUAACCAUCAUUCUAAGCAUCAACAGCUCCUCCUCCAACAAGCUCCCAAGUGCACUGCCGAUCUCAACGAUAAACUAGUAAAAAUCAAUCGGCAAAACGCCAACAAGGAGCUAUCCACCAUGCAGGCAAAGGAUGUGCAAUCCGUUGAUAAGAACGAAGAGGCCCUACAAGAAUUGCAGGAGAGCAUUCCGGAAAUCAGCAAAAUCUUCGAUGUGCACUGUCGCAUCGGCAGUGGAACCUUCAGUACAGUUCUCUUGGGAACACUGCAGCGGGAAAGAGGUCUCGUGGAAACCCAAAGGAGGAGAUUCGCCAUCAAACAUCAUAAUCCCACAAAUCAUCCGGAGAGGAUUCUUAGAGAGUUGGAGUGCAUGUAUCGCAUUGGUGGAGUGGAAAAUGUAAUCGGAAUUAAUUGCUGCAUUAGAUAUAACGACAACGUGGCCUUUGUCAUGCCCUAUAUGACCCACGAUCGCUUUCACGACAUUUACAGAAGCCUGAAUUUCCCAGAGAUACGCGACUAUCUGAGGAACUUGCUCAUUGCGCUGCGACACGUUCACAAGUUCAAUGUGAUUCAUCGGGACGUCAAGCCAAGUAACAUUCUAUAUAACCGCAGGACCGGAAAGUUUUUACUCUGCGAUUUCGGAUUGGCUCAAAGGAUAGCCGAUGAUGGUAGUGUAGUGCAGUCGAGUGAUCGCAGCUCCCGGGAAGUAUUGUCCUUUCUAAGGGACCUGGAGAAUGGUAGAGGUGUGAUGUUGACGGAUGGCAAUUCAGCACAAGCCGAGGCUGAGGAUUAUAUGGCCCGUCGAAGGAUGCGGGCUCUAGGUGGCGGUGGGAGCGUGGAACGUGCUGUGACUGGACCUCCGAGUACACAGAAACUACGCGAGCAAGCGGGCGGACAUUUGACCAAAAAGGAUGUGGCCAACCAGAGAGCUGACACCAUGAGGCUGCUGAACCGCCUGCGACUCUUGAGCCCGAAUGCGGAUCCCAACAACUACGUGGUCUGCACGAACACCUCGAUGAAGGAGAUGCACGCUUCAAGGGCUGGAACCCCGGGAUACAGACCCCCGGAGGUUUUGCUCCGAUAUCCCAAACAAUCCACUGCGGUGGACGUGUGGGCGGCUGGCGUUAUAAUGCUCUCUUUGCUCUCUGGUCUUCAUCCAUUUUUCAAGGCCCCCCACGACUGCGGCGCCCUUGCUGAAAUAAUCAACCUAUUUGGCGAUAUGCCAGUGCGGAAGACUGCCUUUCUGCUGGAUAGGCUGAUUUUGCUGGCGGAGAAGGUGAACACCUUGGAUUUACGGAGGGUGUGCAUGCGGUUUCGCCAUGCGGACUUCUUCCUGGCCCCCGAAAUACAUCGUAAAUAUCGCAGGCCCGAUGGUACCACCGAAAUGUGCCGCAGCUGUGAGCAGCCCACGUUUAAUUGCCUUUGCAGCAACAGCGGGCAUAAUUUGGAAAGGUACGAUGGGCUAGAUAUAUUUCCCGCCGUGGCCUACGACUUGUUGUCCCGCCUGCUGGAAGUUAAUCCCCAAAAGCGUAUCACCGCCGAGGAGGCCCUGAAGCAUCCGUUCUUCAGCGAUCAGCAUCGCAUUGCGACGGGAAUACCGCUGCACCAGCAGCAGCAUAUAAUGCAGCAUCAGCAGCAUAUUAUGCAGCAUCAGCAGCACCUGAGAUCCAGGGAGACACUUCCUUCGUCGGCGGCACGAACUCUAAAAGCAUUCGUUUGCUAUCCCAUGGAAAUGACUUCUACUGCGCCACAAGCAGCGGGUAACAUCUGACUCUGAUCUCCGAUUUUCUGUGUGUGUAUCCUGCCUUCUUUAUAACCAGAUUAAGAGGAAAAAUGCAUUCACCAUGGCCACUUGUGGGCAUCUUAAAUUGUAUUGUGCACAAACCAAAAAAAGAAAAAUUUAUAUAUAGAAGCUGCGAAAUGUUCCCGAAAUUAAAAUCAAAAAUAAAUGGUA